UUUGGGCCAUUGUUUACAUAACGUAGCAAAGACAGAGAUGACUAUGACUAAGGAGGAACAACAACAAAACCACAUCGCUGGUCACAAAGAACAAGGUCACAAAAGUCUCCUUCAGAGCGAUGCACUCUAUCAGUAUAUACUUGAAACCAGUGUGUACCCAAGAGAGCAUGAGAGCUUGAAGGAGCUGCGAGAGUUGACCCAAAAACAUCCUUGGAACCUGAUGGCUACGCCAGCGGACGAAGGACAACUUCUAGGCAUGCUACUUAAGCUUAUCAAUGCUAAGAACACCAUGGAAAUAGGAGUAUACACUGGUUACUCCUUGCUUUCCACUGCCCUCGCCCUACCACCUCACGGAAAGAUCUUAGCUAUGGAUGUUAACCGGCAAUAUUAUGAACUGGGGUUGCCUGUGAUUCAAAAAGCUGGAGUGGCUCACAAGAUUGACUUCAGAGAAGGACCUGCUCUUUCUCUUCUUGACCAACUCAUCAAACAAGAAAAGAAUAAGGGAACGUUCGAUUUCAUCUUCGUGGAUGCUGAUAAGGACAACUACUUGAACUACCACAAGAGGGUGAUUGAGCUUGUGAAGGUUGGGGGACUGAUCGGCUACGACAACACCCUAUGGAACGGCUCCGUGGUCGCCCCACCCGAUGCGCCUCUCAUGAAUUACAUUAGGCAUUAUCGCCAUUUUGUCAUGGAGCUCAACAAAGCUCUUGCACUCGAUUCAAGGGUCGAGAUUUGCCAGCUUCCCGUUGGUGAUGGGAUUACCCUGUGCCGCCGCAUCAUCUGAUCACUCUCCCCCUUCCCUCUCAUUUUACGUAUCUCACCUGCUAUAUGUAGUAGAAAAACACAAGUUUCUCCUAUUCUACCUAAUCCUUAAAUAAAUUCAUUCAUGUAUGCUUGCAUGGA